AUGACCCAAGAUGCGUCGCUCAACAGCGUCGCAAGCCUCCCCAUCCACCUCCUCCACGCCGAGAUAACCCGUCGUCAAGAUGCCGGUGAGAGGCCGGCAUGUGGCAGCGGCACCGCCAUCCGCGGCUACAACACCUCGCUGCACGUCUUCGCCCUCUUCCUCAUCCUCGCCCUCAGCACCUUCGCUUGCUCCUUCCCCGUCAUCGCCCGGCGAUUCCCUACCCUCCCAGUCCCAAGCUACACCCUCUUCCUCUCCCGACACUUUGGCACCGGCGUACUGAUUGCCACUGCUUUUGUCCAUCUGCUCCCCACCGCAUAUGUGAAUCUGAUGGAUCCAUGUCUGCCUCCGUUUUGGAACAAAGAUUACCCCCCUAUGGCUGGCUUCGUGGCUAUGCUUAGUGUGAUGACAGUGGUGGGGAUUGAGAUGAUAUUUGCGUCCAAGGGAGCGGCGCACAGUCACGCUGUGGAUUUGGAACAUUUGAGGGCUGAUGCUGGACACACCGAUGCGGGGGAGACGAGGAGGUCGGGCAGUUUCCGUGCUUUUCGCCAGGUGCCUUCACAGGAGAAUGGGCAGGGAUAUGAGCAGUUGCAGCCGCCGCGGAGUCCGUACUCGGACGCGCCGGGAUCGGUCGAUAAGCCUUUGCCGCCUCCACCACCGCCGGCCAAAGAUGAUAACGACAGAGAAGACGAGGGAGAUAAUGACGACUCAGACCUCGACCUCGACGAGCUUGACCCCGAAACAUCCGACACCCAACCUUUAACCUCUCACCGAUCAAUCCAACGAACCUCCUCCCUCUCCACCGCAAACGGCCACACAAAACCGAAACCUCCGAGCCGCAACGUCUCCUUCGCCGAACCUAUAGAAUCCCCCAUCCCACCAAGCCCGACCUCCGCGCUCCCCGCCAAAACGCAAGAACAGCGGCUAGUGCUCCAAUGCCUGCUCCUGGAAGCCGGCAUCCUCUUCCACAGCGUCUUCAUCGGCAUGGCCCUCUCCGUCACCACCGGGCCCGCCUUCAUCGUGCUCCUCAUCGCCAUCAGCUUCCAUCAGACUUUCGAAGGCCUGGCCCUCGGCUCCCGCAUCGCCGCCAUCGAGUCAUUCAGCACCACGUCGUUCAAACCGUGGCUCAUGAGUUUGCUCUACGGCAUCACGACACCCAUUGGACAGGCGAUUGGGCUUGCGGUGCACACGCUCUACGAUCCGGCGUCGGAAUUUGGGUUGCUCAUGGUGGGCAUUGUGAAUGCGAUUUCGGCGGGAUUGCUGUUGUAUGCUGGGUUGGUGCAGUUGCUCGCCGAGGACUUUUUGAGCGAUCGCAGUUAUGUCGAUUUGAAGGGCAGGAGGCGCGUGGAGGCUUGCGCGGCGGUGGUGUGUGGGAGUAUGUUGAUGUCAAUCGUCGGCGCUUUUGCAUGA